UUACGAAUGAGGACAAUUUCGGAAACGAAACAACAGAUGUGAUCAAUGUUGAAGCAAAUUUUAAAAGAUUACCAACUCGGCAUAUGGAGUUAAGACAAAUAGCUGAGCGAAACACAAAAAACGUACGAAAGGAAAUUCAAAACUGGCUCCUCAAGGGUAAAUCAAUUGAUCGAACCUUUGAAGUUGGAUCUGUAGUUGUCCUUUCGAUUCCACAUAUCGACCGACAUAUU